CAUUUGCAGUAUGUUUUUCGCAUAUUUGUGUUAAUUAUCAAUGAAAUACAUGUAGGGUUCCUCGCGCAGUGUCGGCGGAAUAUUUCUUUCUCCGACAGCAUCCUGUGGACGGACGAGGCUACUUUCACGCCGAACGGCGUGUUUAAUUCGCGGAACUUUUUGCAGUGGCAAGAAGAAAAUCCACACGCCAUUCGACAAGGCGCAUUUCAGUAUCGAUGGACCAUAAAUGUUUGGGCCGGCGUAAUUGGAGAUCGAGUGAUCGGUCCGUAUUUCCUUCCGCCGCGAUUAAACGGGCAAGUAUAUGCAGCAUUUCUUGAAAAUCAACUUCCCUUGCUCCUCGAGGAUGUCCCUCUCGACGUACGAGGGAAGUUGAUUUAUCAACAUGAUGGGGCUCCUGCACAUUAUAGCAGACAAGUGCGGAAUAUUUUAGACGCGCGUUUUCCGAAAAGGUGGAUCGGUCGAGGUGGCCCAAUCACCUGGCCGGCACGGUCGCCUGAUUUAAAUGUUUUAGACUAUUUUGUAUGGGGGUGCAUUAAAACUGCGAUAGAGCACUGGCGUGAAGGUACAGAACAAGAAGUCCGUGAAGCUAUUGUUGCGGCCUUCGAUACCAUCACGCCGGACAUGGCGUACCGUGCGACGCGCAAUAUUAGUCGAAGAGCCGAAAUCUGUGUACAAGAGGGAGGAAGGCACUUCGAACAAUUUUUACAUUAA